CUAGUUUGACGUGUAGAGCAUGCGCAGUUCCUUACAGACGCAAAAGCAGCUGUGGAGUAGCAAGGUCUGCGUUGUUCUUCCAGGUUUCUUUUUUUUCCGGUUGAAACCUAAUUUUCUCAGUCCUCCUUUCUACGCACGUGAAGACGAAGGGUCACUACAGUCGAUGAAAUUGCCGCUCCUACCCUCCCGUGGCGAGAGAGGGGGAGAAUGAGAAAGAAACAUUGAUGUGAAAGAGAAACUUCAGUAGGCUGACUCCUGCAUCCACCUCGACUGGGGAUCUUACCCACAACCUAGGAGCUCAUUGUUCCCGACUCUCCUGGGACAAAGGACAAGAGAGUGACCUUUUCAGUAUUUCCUCAUCCUUCUGCCAUGAGUGUGCUGGACGUGGAUGAAGGGGCUGUACAGAUGCUUUUGAAGGUACAUCCUCAAAAUGCAUAUAUGGCCCCACAGCAUAUCAUCACCAGAGAAAAGAACCCCAAGCAGGACAAGGACACCAUGGCUGCUGCUCAGGGAUUGUUGACCUUCAAGGACGUGUCAAUAGAUUUUUCUCAGGAGGAGUGGGAAUGCCUGGGCCCAGCUCAGCGCAAAUUGUACAUGGAUGUGAUACUGGAGAACUAUAGGAACUUAGUCUCUCUGGGUCUUGUUGACUCUAAGCCAUACCUGGUCACCUUUUUGGAGCAAAUGAAGGAGUGCUGGGAUAUGCAGAGAAAAAAGUUAAUUUCUGCUCACCCAGCUUUGACAUCUGAAGACAACCAGGCCUUAUUGCAAAAGCCAGGAAUAGAAGAUUUAGUCUCUAAAAUAAUAUUGAGUACGUGUAAUGAAGAUAGAAGUUAUGAAUGCAAUGAAAAUUGGAAAAUGUUUAACCACAAAUCAAAUGAUAAUAAAUAUCAGAAUACUCAUCUUCCAGCGAACCAUUAUAAAGGUGGAAAAGUUUUUGACCAAAUGUCAAAUCACAAUACACAUCAGGUUAUUCCUGUUGUGGAGAAGACAAACAAACAAAGUAAAUGUAUCAAAUUACUUAAGGAACCUUCUAAUAGUACUGAACAAAAACAUAUUCCUGUUGGGGGAGAAGAUUACAAAUGUUUACCAUGUGGGGAAGUCUUCAGUAAAAUAGUUAAUCUAAAUGGAGCUAAGAAAAUGUGUACUGAAGAAAAACAUACGUGGAAAGAAUGUGAUAAAAUACAUAAUCGACCUUCAGGUCUAACUCUAGAUCAGAAAAUACAUACUGGACACAAGCCUCACAUAUGUAGAGAAUGUGGCAAAUCCUUUAUGUCGUUCUCAACCCUUACUAUUCACCAGAGAAUUCAUACUGGAGAAAAGCCUUAUGAAUGCAGAGAAUGUGGCAAAGCCUUCAUGUCAUUCUCAAUCCGUACUAUUCACCAGAGAAUUCAUACUGGAGAGAAGCCUUAUAAAUGCAAAGAAUGUGGCAAAGCCUUUAGGGAGUCAUCAGCCCGUACUCAGCAUCAGAGAAUUCAUACUGGUGAAAAGCCCUAUAAAUGUAGAGAAUGUGGUAAAACCUUUAGCCGAUCAUCAUACCUUACUCAGCAUCAGAAAAUUCAUACUGGAGAGAAGCCUUAUGAAUGUAGAGUAUGUGGUAAGACCUUUCGCUGGUCCACAACCUAUAGAAAACAUCAGACCAUUCAUACUGGAGAGAAGCCUUAUAAAUGUAGAGAAUGUGGGGAAGCCUUCCGCUGGUCCUCAUCUCUUAUACACCAUCAAAAAAUCCAUACAGGAGAGAAGCUUUAUAAAUGUAGAGAAUGUGGUAAAGUCUUUUCCUGGUCCUCAUCCUUUAGAAAACAUCAGAAAAUCCAUACUGGAGAGAAGCCAUAUAAAUGUAGAGAAUGUGGGAAAGCAUUUCUUCAGUCAUCAAUCCUAAUUCAACAUGAGACAAUUCAUACUGGAGCAAAGCGUUAUAAAUGUAGAGAAUGUGGGAAAGCCUUUUGCUGGUCCUCAGGCCUUAGACAACAUCAAAAAAUUCAUACUGCAGAGACGUCUUAUAAAUGUAGACAAUGUGGUAAAGCCUUCCGCCAUUUCUCAAGGCUUACACAACAUCAAAAUAUUCAUACUGGACAGAAGCGUUAUAAGUGUAGAGAAUGUGGUAGAGCCUUCCGUCACUUCUCAAGGCUUAGACAACAUCAAAAUAUUCAUACUGGACAGAAGCCUUAUAAAUGUAGAGAAUGUGGUAAAGCAUUUCACCAGUCCUCAACUCGUAGUACACAUCAGAAAAUUCAUACUGGAGAAAAGCCUUAUGAGUGUAGACAAUGUGGUAAAGCCUUCCGCCAAUUCUCAAAGCUUAGUCAACAUCAAAAUAUUCAUACUGGACAGAAGCCUUAUAAAUGUAGAGAAUGUGGUAAAGCAUUUCACCAGUCUUCAACUCGUACUGCACAUCAGAAAAUUCACACUGGAGAAAAGCCUUAUGAAUGUAGAGAAUGUGGUAAAGCCUUUUGUCGGUCCUCAUCCCUUACAAAACAUCAGGUAAUUCAUACUGGAGAGAAGCCUUAUAAAUGUACAGAAUGUGGUAAAGCCUUUCGCUGGUCCUCAUCACUUACGCAUCAUCAGGGAAUUCAUACUGGACAGAAGCCUCAUGUGAAACCUGCAGGUCGCUUACAGGCGGUGAAAUCUCCGCUGCGAGGCUCCUUUAGUGCUAAGGCCAAGGCUUGUUUUAAGAAAAUGGCAGACAAACUGGACAUGGGGAAAAUUGCCAGCUUUGAUAAGGCUGAGCUGAAGAAGACAGAGAUGAAGAAGAACACCUUGCCUACCAAAGAGACCAUUGAACAGGAGAACCAGGAAAACAUCCUGGAGCAGGACCAGGACAACAUGGCUGCUUCUCAGGGACAAUUGACCUUCAGGGACAUUUUAGUAGAUUUCUCUCAGGAGGAGUGGGAAUGCCUGGACCCAGCUCAGCGAAAGUUGUACAUGGAUGUGAUGUCGGAGAACUACAGGAACCUGGUCUCCCUGGCUAUGUCAUCUGAAGAUAACCAGUCCGUGUUGCAAAAGCCAGGAAUAGAAGGUUUAUUCUCUAAAACGAUACUGAGUACAUUUAAUGAAGACAGAAGUUAUCAUUGCAAUGAAAGUUGGAGAAUUUUUAACUGGAAGUCAAAUUCUAAUAAACAUCAGACUACUCAUCUUCCAGAAAACCAUUGUAAAAGCAGAGAAACCUUUGACCAAAUAUCAAAUGACAGUAUAUAUCAGGUUAUUCCUAAUGUGGGAAAGAUGAAGAAGCAAAGUAAAUGUGUCAGAUUACUUAAAGAAUCUUCAAAUAGUACUGAACAAAAGAAUAUUCCUAUUGCAGGGGAAGUAUACAAAUGUUUACCGUGUGGGAAGUUCUUAAGUCAAAUAUGUAAUUUAAAUGGAGUUAAGAAAAUCUGUACUGCAGAAAAACAUAAAUAUAAAGAAUGUGGUAAAACAUAUAAUUGGCCUUCAGGUCUUACUCUGCAUCAGAGAAUACAUACUAAACAGCAGCCUUAUAUAUGUAGAGAAUGUGGCAAAGCCUUUAGGUGGUUCUCAAUCCUUACUAUUCACCAGAGAAUUCAUACUGGAGAGAAGCCUUAUAAAUGUAGAGAAUGUGGUAAAGACUUUCGCCAGUCCUCAACCCUUACUCAACAUCAGAAAAUUCAUACUGAAGAGAAGCCUUAUAAAUGUAGAGAAUGUGGCAAAGCCUUUCGCCGGUCUGAAACCCUUACAAACCACCAGAAAAUUCAUACUGGAGAGAAGCCUUACAAAUGUACAGAAUGUGGUAAAGCCUUUAGCCGCUCCUCAACUCUUACUCAACAUCAGAAAAUUCAUACUGGAGAGAAGGCUUAUAAAUGUAGAGAAUGUGGUAAAGCGUUUCGCCAGUCCUCAAAUCUUAUUCAACAUCAGAAUAUUCAUAUUGGAGAGAAGCCCUAUAAAUGUAGAGAAUGUGGUAAAGCCUUUCGCCAGUCCUCAACCCUUACUCACCAUCAGAAAAUACAUACUGGAGAGAAGCGUUAUAAAUGUAGAGAAUGUGGCAAAGCCUUUAGUUUGUCGUCAACCCUUGCUAGACAUCAGAAAAUUCAUACUGGAGAGAAGCCUUAUAAAUGUACAGAAUGUGGUAAAGCCUUUUGCCGGUCCUCAACGCUUACAAACCAUCAUAAAAUUCAUACUGGAGAGAAGCCUUAUGAAUGUAGAGAAUGUAGUAAUGCCUUUCAUCAGUCCUCAAUGCUCACUCAGCAUCAGGAAAUUCAUACUGGAGAGAUGCCUUACAAAUGUAGAUAAUAUGGUAAAGCCUUUUGCUUGUGCUCAAUGCUUACUCAACAUCAGAAAGUUCAUACUCUAGUGAAUUCUCUUAAGUGCAGAGGAUGUGCAAAGCCUUUAGGAUUCCUCAAACUUUAGUCAUCUUCAGAGAAUUCAUAAUGGUGAAAAGCCUCAUAUAUGUAGAAAAUGUGAUAAAACCUUUCACCAGCCCCCAAACCUUAUUCAACAUCAGAAAAUUCAUACUGAAAAGAAGCCUUAUAAAUGUAGCAAAUGUGAUAAGCCUUUAGACAAUCCCCAGCCCUUACUCAACAUUGACCAUUCAUACUGGAGAGAAGCCUUAUGUAGAGAAUGUGGCAAAGCCUUUAGGGAAUCCUCACAACUUAUUCAAUAUUAGAGAAUUCAUAAUGGUGAAUAGCCAUGUAAAUGUAGGAAAUAUGGGCAAGCCUUUAAGCAGUCUUCAGUUCUUACUGUAAUCAUACUGGAAAUAAAUCUUACCAAUGUGGACUAUGUGACAAAGUCUUUCUUUACUUCUCAAAACAUAUACCACAUCAGGUCAUUCAUACUGGAGAGAAACCAUAUAAAUGUAAGUGCCAAAUCUUUUAAUCAUCAGUAGUGUCUCUAGAGGAAAACUAUUCAGCAGUAGAGAAUGUGGCAAAGCUUUUACCCUGUGUUCAAAACUUCCUUGACAUUGGAGACUUCAUGCUGGAGGGAAACAAAAAAUAUAAAGAAUAUAACAAAACUUUAACCAUUACUCAAGCCUCCUUCAAGGUUAGAGAAUUUAUAUGGGAGAGAAGUCUUAAAAAUGUAAUGAAUUUGGUAGUGUUUAAUCCUCAUCCAUACCUCUAUCAAUAUCUUAUAAUUUAUACUGGAUAAAAUGUAGCAAAUAUAAAAAAUGUGGCAAAGUUCUACCCAUAUCUUACUCCACAUCAGAAUUCAUUCUAAAGAGAAAAAAUACUAAUGAAGAAUGUUCAAAAUUGUUUUUUCAAAGUUUACAGAUUAUUUGAUAUGUAAGAAUUUAAACCAGAGGAAAAAAACCUUAAAAAAGAAGAUUGUAAGAAAUUGUACAGGUGGACCUACAGGGAAUGUACAAUGGGUGUGGAAUUCUACCUUCAUAAUAAUGACUGGCUUUUGUCCAAUACAUACAGUUCACAAAUCCCAAAGAAUUUAUGCCUGAAAUUGGUGUUAAAGAUGUAAAGAUUUAGGAAUGUAUGUAAUAGAAACAAUUUUAAAAUAUGAGUGAAUUCACAGUAGAAUGCUAAAAAUAGUUUUCAGGUAUUGAUAUAAAUCAGAAUACUUACUAUAGAGAAUCAGAAUUUAAAAACAUAGAGAAUUACUUUUUUAAAAGAUUUUAUUUAUUUUCAAUGACAAUAUAUGGGAGGGAGAGAAACAUUAAUGUUCAAGAGAAACAUGGAUCAGUUGGCUCUCACAUGCCCAAUACUGGGGAUCUGGCUCACAACCCUGGCAUGUACCUUGACCUGGAAUUAAACAGUGACCUUUUGGUUCACAGGCUGGCACUGAAUCCACUGAGCCAUACCAGCCAGAGCUAGGUCAUUACUUUUUGAUGUGCUUAAAAAUGUCAAGGGAAUGGGUGUCUGGAUAUGCAUAGUUAACACAGAAUAUAUAAUAUUGUAUAUCAACAGUAUUUGAAAUAUUUUGAAAAGGAAUUGUUAAUGUGAUUCCAGUCUCCUAUCAGUUGAUGCUACUAUAUUUUUAUUCCUGGUGUAUAUGUGAAGUCAUGGGGUUAAUUUUUGGUUCCUUAAAAAUCUGUGAACUCUUGAAUUCAGCUACAGAGACCUCAUAGCCAUUAUCCACUGAAGUGCUAGGGUCAUAGCAUCUUAAUUGCUCUCCAAGCAAGAAACCUUGUUGGUUCUGAUCAGUAGUUUGGAAAUUUUCUAAUAGAAUGACACAUCAGAAUUUGGUAAAUAUUUUUAUUAUA